ACAUUUUUCUCUUGGCCUAGCGCCUUAAAAUAAUCUGAGGUGGCAACAUUGUCAGUGUCUGCAGUCUGUUUAUUCAGUGUUUUCACUUUUCACUGUUUUCACUACUUUUCACUUUGAAAAGCUGUAAAAGAUAGACAUACACACAGAACUCAGAAAUUAAAACUGUAAAAAUGGCUGCUCUUGUCGUACAAUCUCGUUUUGCUGGUCUAAUGAUAGAAGAUGAUGAUCACCCAACAAAUAGCGAUGAACAAAAACAUAAAAAAGCCAAAACUAAUUCUGCCAAAAAAUCAGAACUUCUGAAGAAACCCAAAAACAAUAAUAACAACAACAACAACUGUAAAACUCAGUCAGCUGGUAAGAAGAAGAAGACUAAACUUGGUGAAUCUACUGAAGCACAAUGGGCACAAUGGAAACAAAAAGAUGAAGAAAUGGUUGAUGGCAAUUUUGAAUCUGAACUCCAUCAGGCUAUUCUUUUGUCUAAACUGGAUUAUGAAGAGAAGAAAGAUGUAUAUAAACAAUUGAAAAAGGAUGUUGAUGCAGCAAACAAAGUUGCAGAAGUUUCUCGUAAUGUUAAGAAGUUGAAGAAGAAAAAUGUGAUGUGUCUGGAGCAGUUCAACGGCAUUGUGAAUUCUACUGAAAAUAGUGAUGUAAAAUUUAAUCAUAAUACAGAAGACGAAAAGAAUUCUACUGAUGAUGACAAGAUUCCCGAAAAAGAUACACAAUUUUUUGAACGAGUGAAAAUAGAGACGAAAGAUGCAUUAAUAAGAAACAAAAUAAAAGAAAGAAUCCACAAUAGAUUGACCGAUGAAGUUAUAACUAAAAUUCAGUUUAAUGAAACUUUAGAGAAGAAAGAUAAAGAAAUUGAAAGUUUAAAAGAAGAAGUAUUAAAAUUAAAACAGGAAUUGUUAACAGUCAAGUCUAGGAAUAAGAAGCUAUGUAGUAUACUAGGACAGGGUGAAAUGAGAGAUAAAGCAGAGGUAUUAGUAGAAGUGGAGCGACUGAACUCCGUACAAGCUGAAUUAACUGCAGAAAUAGCUACGUUACACUCAGAGUUAGAAAAGGAGCGAUCUAAAAACACAGAUCCAAGAGCUAAAGACAAGAAAAAUUCAACAAAAAAGAAAAAGAUAAGAUUUGACGUUUCUUCGGAGGCUGUCGUCACAAAAGAAUCUGGUGCAGGGAAUGUAUGAAACGACGCUACUCAGCAUCCCUGUUGCAGUAGGUAAAUUUAGAAGAUAACAUUGUUUUUCACUUUUAGACUGAUCUAAAGUUUUUCAAAUGUAUAAAAUUAAGUUCGCGCGUAAGUGUAUCGAAAAUAGAAAUUUAAAUUAUUAUAUAGGUCAACUUUAAAUUUUCGGUGCUGAGGUUCUAAAUAAAUAUAUUCGUGUCGCACUACCAUACAUAUUCUUGCGUGCAUUGUAAUUGCGAAUAGUCUGUCUUGUUACUUGAAUAGUAAAUUUUAGAAAGAAUAAAAAUAUACAAUUUUGGUUCUUAUAUUAUUUUUGUAUUAUUUAUUAUAUAAGUUAUUAUGUAUGUAUAUUUUAUUGUUUUUAUUGACUUUAAUUUAACAUUUGAAAAAUUUUUCAAUUAGUACUGUGCAAGGUCACCAUAUAUCAUUUUGGCCCUUGUAAUAUUCUAUCACAAAAGUGGGUUAGGAUGAAAUAUAAUGUCGAAUUAAAAACCAAAUUUGUUUUUAUUGUUCUCUAAGUACCAGUAUAAUAUCCAUUUCUUCAAGGAAAAAACUAUAAUAUUUGUGAUAUUAUUUUUAUUAAAAAAAAAUUUUAUUCUGCUACACUCUGAUCUCACACUUUGCAUUUGUGAAACUGAAACAUAGAAAUUUUUUAAGGUUCACUUGUUACAAUAAAAUCAAAGUAAAGUAUUAAGGAUUGUUUAUCACCAAAUUUAAUUUGAUAUUCUUGAUUAAUUUUUCUUCUAACUUCUAAACCUAUUAAAUUUUUGCUAUGAUAAAAAUGUAAUUUUGUUGUUUUACAUUAAAUGAUCGAAUUAUGCGAAAAGAAGCAUUUUAAUAUCAACAUAUAAUGAUCAUUGUGUUAAUUUAAAUUCAAUAAUGAAAACCUCAAUAAUAUCGAGGUUGUUAGUAUCACUUGUCGAUUUCGAAUUUCUUAAAGAAGUCACGAACUUGGUGCAUGUGUAUGAAGUGAAACUUCUUUUUCGAUAUUGUAUUGUGAUUUUCUUCAUUUUUCAUUCUUAAAUCAGAUUGCUCUUGUAAUAAGGAAUGCUGUGUUUAAGAGAUGCGACAUCUUCAACAUUUAUUUUAUAUAUGUUUUAAAUUAUAGAUGUAAAAAUAAAUAAAUAUAUAUUUUUAAAUAUUCGCCCUCGCUCUGUCUCUUUGUGUUCAAUGGUAGCGUUAAACAUUUAACGCAACCUUGGUGCAAGUCGCAUUAGAAGUUUCGCUUCAAUAACAAUGAUAAAAUUAAAUAAAUAAGGCGAUGAUUCCAAUUUUGAGUAGGGUAUUCAAAUAUCCAUUAUCUAAAUAGGUAUUAAAACACUUCAUAACUAUUAUCUAAAUUUCGGAGAGUAAUAAUUUUGAUUUUUUUCUAUCGUUGAAAACUCAGUAAUUUACUUUUGGUGGACGCUAUUGUAUUAGGCGUAGAUAUUAUAUUUAUGGAAUCACGAAGAACAUGUUCCUGGAAUCGAUCCACGUUAUUUUUGUUGCAGCAAGUGUUAGUUAAAACCUGAAAAUGUUUUAAUGUGAUAAAUCUCAUUUUCGAAUUUCAAUUAAAUUUUUUUUUUUGAUAAAACUUUUAUUAUUAUUUAAUUACCAUGUUAUUUCAUAUUUCGUUUGUAAAAAUCACCAUUCAGUGGCUAGCAUAGUUCUCAAGUAUAAUGAUUAUAGGGAUGUAGAGAGUCCCGAAUUUGACAUUAGUUUAUUAUACGAACUCUUUAAUGUUUUAUAAAAAUCAAAAAUUGUGACAUCACUAGAUGCCGUAACUUGAAAUUUUUAUUUCUAUAUUAAAUAUACUUUUAAGUUCUGUGAUUUUAAUUUUGUAUACAUUAUAUAGUUUUAGAGAGCCUAUAAUCUUGACAUGUUUAUAUUAUGCAUGUAGAUCUAAUUUUUUUUCUCGUAAAAUAUCAAUGAUGAAAAAACCUGAAUGUGAAGUGAAAUAAAAAGAGGUUUAUUUAAAA